AUGGAUAGUAUCGACAGUAACAGCGAUGGUGAUGGCCCACCUACUCCAAAAAAACAAAAGGCUCAGGCAGGUAAGAAGCAGAAAAGUAAAUAUAAACAGAAAUUUCGAUCUGAAUGGUUAACCAACAAGGACUUCUCAUCUUGGUUAAGUGAGGACCCAACUGAUCCUCUUAAAGCUACGCGCACCUUAUGUGCCAUCACAAUGACGGCUGAGAUAAGUGUCUUAACACGACACAAAGAGGGUACAAAACACAAAGAUAAAAUUAAAGGGAUCAGUCAACAACCUUCAAUUUCAAACCUUUUUGAUAAAACAAAAAUGCAGUCCGCCGAUAGGAAAGUCAAACGAGCUGAGAUAAAGUUGGCGGCAUUUAUGGCAGAGCACAAAAUUUCACACGCUGUUAUGGAUCAUUUGAACGAUUUACUUCCUGACAUUUUCCCAGACUCCAGCAUAGCGACAAACUUAAAAAUGAAGCACAAUAAAUUACAAGUGGUGAUCACGAAUGUCUUGGGUGUAAGUGAAAAAGAGUCCAUCGUAUCUGAUUUGAAAUGCCAGAAAUUUUCAGUUUUAGUAGAUGAAAGUACAGACAUAGGUGUGGUCAAAACAAUGUGCGUUGUUGUGCAUUAUUACGACUCGGAAAUCGGACGAGUUGUUAGUCGUUUUUGGGAUGUAAUCCAACUAUUUGAAGAAUCUACAGCGGACCACAUUUCAAUUAUUUGUGGGCCUAUUUUAAAACCUCAAAAGAUGCAACUUAACUCCGACCCACGUCGUGCUGACAGAGAACGGCGGUUUAAACCUCCACCACCAACUUCAGCACCGGCAGAAGACCUCACAACAGAUUACAUGAACAUCCUUGGGAUGGUGUUCUCUAUGUGCGGUCUUAUGAUGCGCUUGAAAUGGUGUGCUUGGACGGCUGUCUUCUGUUCCAGUAUUAGUUUUGCUAACUCAAGAGUUUCUGAUGAUACCAAACAGAUUGUGAGCUCGUUUAUGCUGUCAAUAUCUGCUGUGGUUAUGUCAUAUUUACAAAAUCCUGCACCAAUGUCACCACCCUGGGCUGCUCUCACGACAUGA